AUGCGUGCAACUCCUCUCUUUCUGGCCAUUGGGCUAGCAAGCGCGUUGGAGAAUGGACUCGCGCGCACACCUCAGAUGGGAUGGAAUACCUGGAAUUCCUUUGCCUGUGACAUGAAUGAGACUGUCGUUCUACAGGCUGCCGAGAAAAUUGUUUCGCUGGGCUUUAAAGAUCUCGGUUACCACUAUGUUGUCAUGGAUGACUGCUGGUCCGCAGGCCGUAACUCCUCAGGGUAUCUUAUUCCAGAUCCCAACAAGUUCCCCAAUGGUGUCGCAGAUUUAGCGGACAAGAUCCAUGCCAUGGGAUUGAAGCUCGGGAUUUACUCUAGUGCAGGUACAUUGACCUGCGCACGGUACGCCGGCUCGCUAGGCUACGAAGAGAAAGACGCCGCGCUUUGGGCAAGUUGGGGUAUCGAUUAUCUUAAAUACGAUAACUGCUACAAUCAAGGCGAAGAAGGCACCCCGAAGCUUUCAUACGACCGCUACAACACUAUGGGCAAAGCACUCAAUGCCACUGGUCGACCUAUUCUGUACUCCCUUUGCAACUGGGGUGUUGACGGCCCAUGGAAUUUCGCUCCUACGAUCGGCAAUUCUUGGCGAAUGAGCGGUGAUCUGAUCAACGUUUGGGAUCGUGAGAAUGUCAACUGUCCUUGCUCUGAAACUGAGGGUCUGGACUGCAAGACUCCCGGAUAUCAGUGCUCUGUCAUGAACGUUCUUAACAAGGCCGUGUACUACGCCUCCAAACCGUAUGCAGGUGCAUGGAAUGAUCUAGAUAUGCUCGAGGUCGGAAACGGCGGCUUAACAGACACCGAAGCAGUGGCCCAUUUCAGUCUUUGGGCGGCUCUCAAAUCACCCCUUCUCAUGACAAAUGUGAUGACAACAAUUGACGCGCCUACCCUUUCCAUCUUGCAAAACACGGCAGUGCUAGCCGUAUCCCAAGAUCCGGAGUCGUCGUCCGCCGUGCGAAUUUGGCGCUACUAUGUUGACGGAGGUCAGAUUCAAAUGUUCAGUGGCUCGCUAAGUGGCGGUGACCAGCUGGUCUUGCUUUUGAAUGGUGGAUCAACUGCACGGAAGAUGAAUGCUACUCUGACCGAUAUCUUCUGGGGUGAUGGGGCCGAGGGUACUGCGUCCGAGAUCCAGAAUAGUUGGGAUGUGUAUGACCUCUGGGCUGAUAGGAUGAGCAAUGCGACUGCUAAUGCGAUUAUCGAGGGUGGGAAUGCGACGCGACCGAUUAAUAUGACUGCUCUUGGUGGAUAUGAGAAGGUUUACGCGCAGGAGCCUUUGCCGACUUCUAAGGCGCUUAUGGGGUCUAAGGUCGGGAGUGUUAAGGCUCGCGGGACGGUGACGGCUCAUGUGGAGGCGCAUGGUGUUGCUAUGUUGCGUUUGAGGGAGGUCAAGAGUAAUGAUGAGCUUUGA